AUGCCUAGUUUCGCCGACAUCUACGCCAGCUGUCUCUACGAAGCUGGUGAAGGUCUGCCCCUCUGGAACCCCUCUCCGCUCCGUCUCGGUGACGUCGGCUACGUUCGCGACGGCUCGUUCAUCGUCCUAUACAAUGCCGUCGAUGGCCCAGAAGCCCUGUCCGAUGCUGCCAGCAUUCGUCUCGCUCGCCGUUUCGAUCGUUCCCUCUCCCGAGAUCGGGCUCGCCGAGGCUCAAAUGCAGACACCAGAAUGGAGGUCGACGAUCCUAUUCAAACCUCCGCACCAACAACGAUGACUUCGCGGCGUUCCUCCCUAGCCGUCUCCACUGUCUCCACAUCAUCGGCAACAGCUUGCUUGUCCAAGUCGGCAGCAUCCGACUCCCUUCUCCCAACUGCUGCCAAGAAGGGCUCUCCCACCCUUUCUCACAGAAAGCUCAGGUCCAGCACCCCUCCUGAAGGCCCUUACCCCCCGAUGCCCCUGUCGGUUGAUCAAGAAGAGCCCAAGCUGUUUGACAUGGGUCCACGCAUGUCUUCCAACUACCGCUGUCUCGGGGUCAACCUAGGCGCCUCGGUUCCCGGCGCUCCUGUCAGCGCUAAGAUCGGCUUCGAGAGCCUGGGUGGUGACGGUGCUAUUCUUGUCCCUCGCGACCCUACCGAGCGAACCCGCUUGAAGUAUCUUGGUGUUCUCAAAGCAUACAUCAAAGCUCAUCACAAGUGGAUGUACGAGACAUAUGGUCGUAUCGAAGCUAUCGGUAUUGACCAUCUGGCUCUCAUCUACGGCCAAGAUCGCACUUCAGACUGGGCUGUGGCUGUCUCACGAGAUACGGCUCGCGGCGCUAGGGUCGAGUUCGAGAUCUGCAACAGUGCUCACAAGGGCUUCUGGGGUAAUUGGUCGCAUACCCUCAGUGCCUGUCAGAGAGGUCCUCAUCGGCCUCCCGUUGUCCCUCGCGAUCGAGCGGCGGGUAGCGAUACGACAGCCGACUCCCAAAGCACGAUCCGCAAUGUGAACCACGUUCGUGCAUCGCUCGAGCAUAAGCACGAUGAUGAUGACCAACGCACCUGGGGCAUGCAUAUCGACACGGGCGUUGUGAAUGCCUCCUUCUCCUUCACUCCCCCCUCAUCGAAAAGUCAGCACGACGACGAGCAGCACACAAGAGGACGUCGUCGUUCACCUCAGAGCCGCGCGCACAGGAUCACAUGGUCCGAAGUGCAUGCGCCCCCUGAUCAGACCAUCUCGAUUCGCCGCGUGACCGCGUGCACAAGUUUGGGUCUUGGCUUCCUGCCUGCCCGCCCUAAGGCAGCUGCCGAACCCCGCGAUCCUGACUACGACGGCGAGCAGGAUCAUGAGAACGCACCGGUCGCAGGAGAGGAUACCAUCCAGGCGUCGAGCAGGAACAAACAGUGGUGCGAUGAUCCACUCGAGGCACUGCACGAGUGGAUUCACGAGAGAGGCGGCACCAAGGUUAAGGUGUCGAUCGCCUCGGAUGAUGACUGUCUGCGGCUGCUCGCACUGCUGGGGGGCGAUCACACCACCUGUGGCCUGCAAAAAGCUGUGCGUAUGGCUGCCGAUCGAUUUGCACACAACUCGGUAGACGCAGAUGGCUUCGCUACAGUAUCGUUCCACAGUCCCUCCGUCUUGAUUGCUCGGCGCGCAGCCGUCGUUUGUUCCGCGCCGGAUCCGGCCCUCUCUGCGCUCCAGUCGAGGAUGUAUACUGCUGCCCCUUGCACUUCAUCGACACUUGACAAGGGGAAUUCGGCGCAGAAUCUGUUUGCAGCUGUGAGGCGUCCCACGUCUUUGGCGAGCAGCUCUGUCGCCAGCAAGACGCCACGGGCCCCAGCUUCGUCAAAGCCUCGCGUUAUGCUUCCAUCGGCGCGAUCUAAUGUUCUGCUUCCGUGUCGACCAAUGCACGGUAUCGGUUCUGCGUCGCCAUCCCUCGUACUCUCUUGA